UGUAAUUAAUGCAAAUCAAUGUGGGUUUAUGAAAAAUAGGUCUUGUCAGGCUAAUCUAUCAUUGUUUUUAAUGAGAUUACAAGUUUGGUUGAUAAAGAUAAUAGAGUUGUCAUAAUAGACUUCUGUAAUACGUUUGUCUUGCUACGGCAUGACAUUUUGAUUAAAAAACUAGAAUAUAAAAUUAACAUGGCACAUGUUAUAUGGAUUAAAAACUGGCUAACUGAUAGGUCUCAAAAGUAACUAUAUCCGGGGAAUGGUCACUAAGAGGUCUGUUUCCAGUGGGGUCCUGCAGGGAUUGGUUCUUGACCCUACACUAUUUAACAUCUUUAUCUAUGGCCUGGAAGAAAACGUUAAGUCAUCACCGAUAAAAUUUGCAGGUGACACAAAAAUUGGGGGAGUGGUAAAUAGUGCAGAGGACAGGUCACUGAUUCAAAGUGAUCUGGAUCGCGUGGUAAGCUGGGCGCAAGCAAACAAUAUGCGUUUUAAUAUGGCCAAAUGUAAAUGAAGGAAAAAAGAAUACAUGCCAUACUUGCAGCACAGGGGACUCUAUCCUGGGAAGCAGCGACUCUGAAAAAGACUCGCGGAAGGCGGUGGACAAUCAACUGAACAUCAGCUCCCAGUGUGGCACUGUGGCCAAAAGAGCUGAUGCGAUCGUGGGAUGCGUAACCAGGAGAAGCUCAAGUAGGAGUGGAGAUGUCAGAAGUCUAGAAGCUCCAGUCAGGGAUCGUGGCCCCCUCGUGGUGGACACUGUGUACACACAGAAUGAAAAGACAGUCCCUGUCCCAAAGAGCUUGCAAUCUAAGUAAUUAUUGUUAGUUAUCAAAGAAAUGGGGCUUUCCCUCAGUAUGGCGGAGCAGACACAGCAGGGAAAGGAGGGAUACAGAAAAUAGAUGGAGCUGGCUCUGAUGGAGCUCCCACAUUAAUAAUAAUACCUCUCCCUUCUAUAGUGCUUUACUAAGGGAAUCAAUAUCAUUACCACAUUUAAUAGAUAGGGAAACUGAGGCACAGAGCAGGGAAGUGAUCUGCCCAAGGUGACCUAUCAGAAACAAGAGUAGAACCCAGGUUUCCUGCGCCUCCCCAACCCCGUCCAGUACUCCACCCCCAAGCCAGACCACUUCCCUUAUCAACAGAAUGAUUCUCACAGUUUUGUUACUCCAGCCCAUAGAAAUCUGCAUGAUUCCUGGUCCACUUGGGAACCAUGUUUAGGACUUGGAUCCUCCUUGUGCACACAGAUAAAAUGCCCCCGCUGCUCUCCACAGCAAAUUCCGUGUCCAUCUGUUUCAGGAGUCGGACGGUGAGAAGGAGACGAAGAGACGGGUUUGGGCACAAAAAAUCCAGUGUCUCCCAGCUGGAGAUCCCCCCGGCCCAUGAGGAAAGGUGUGUCUGAGCUCCACCCAAAAUGUACCACGCGGGAAGACGGGCCUCAGAUCAUGGCCAAACGCCGCAGCAUAAGGAAGAACAAUAAAUGGCUCUUUUUUAAAAAUUAAAGUCACCAGGGUUGGGGCUGAGCUGAUCCCCUGGGUCGGAACACAUGGGAUGUGGGGAACAUUCAGAUCGAGUCCAAAGGUUGAGGUCAAGUUUAUCUCCCAGGAGCACUGUCCCGUGCACCUCCUUAGUUCUGGCUCUGCCACGGGAAAGAGUUGGAGAUGAUCUGGGACAGCAGGGCCAGGGAGAACCACACGGUCAGCCCAGGAGUUGGGAUAGGCAUCUGAGUAGGUGGCUUAAUUGCGGCAGAUCCUGCGCAGACAGAGAUGAGUCAGGGAUGGUUGGCGGCCAGGGGAUGGAGGGGUUGGGUGCUGAAAAGGGAACGUGUCGUGCAGUUGCCAGGACUCUGUCUAGAGGUCACAUCUCUCUCGCUCGCUCUCUCCUCGUCUCCUAGGCUCACGCUGGAAGAAGCGUCCUCCUGGAAGCGCUCGUUUGAUUGCGUCCUGGCGAGCCCGGCUGGCCGGAGGAUCUUCGUGGAGUUCUUGCGGACAGAGCACAGUGACGAGAACAUGGCCUUCUGGCUGGCCUGCGAGGAGCUCAAGAGGGAGCAGAGCCAGGAGCAGGUCUGCGAGAAAGCCAAGAUGAUCUACCUGGAUUACAUCUCCAUCCUGUCCCCAAAGGAGGUCAGCAUCGAUGCUACCGUGCGCGAGUCAAUCAACAGUUCCCUGGCGAGGCCCAGCGCGCACAUAUUCAACGAGGCCCAGGCACAAGUCUAUGCCCUCAUGCACCGAGACUCCUACCCCAGGUUCCUGGCCUCAUCACUGUACAGGUCACUGGAGCAGAGACUGUCUGCCCCGGCUUGUGACACGUAGCAAAGCCCCUUGCACGCACACGCAUUUCACGAUACUGCCACCUCCUUCAGCUUCCUGCCAGCUCGUCAAGGCACCGGGAUAGGCGGGGCAGAGCCUCAGUUCUCUCUUUCUUUGUGGGUGAAGCCACUGGUGUUUUGAUAGUG